AUGGCCGUCGCGAUUCCAUGGCACGCCGGCGAAGCCGCCAUGCACGAGCUCCUCAAGGUCCCGCGCCAGGAUAACCCGACGCACCCGGGGCUACCGGGCCCCUACGGGCGACGCAUCGCCGCCGCACACCUCAUCGCGCUCGGAGCGCUUGACGCCCGGCGCCGGCCGUGGGCGACGGUGUGGGGCGGAGAAAGCGGGACGGCGGGUCCGAUCGCGCCGGGGGUGUUGGGGAUCCGGAGCGAAGUGGACGGGGCCAACGACCCGGUGUUCCAGAGCCUGUGGCGGGGUAACGCCAAGGGAAUUGUGGGGCCGGAUCGGGUCAAGUUUGCGGGGAGGAUGGUGGUGGGGUCGGCGACGGAGGGGGAGGGAGAGGAGGAGGAGGAGGAGAAGGAUCAGGGGGCAAGGGGCAAGGUCUUGGACGUGCAGAUUGGUAUGGAGGUGAGGGAGUCGCUGGGAAAUUGCCCCAAGUACAUCAAUAGGAGGGACCUUGUUCGGAACGAGAUGCGGCCGGAGACGACGGGCAAGGGAUUGCCCCUGAGCGAGGCUGCGCUGGGUGUUGUGGGAAAGGCGGACCUCUUCUUCCUGGCUACUGUGGGCGGGAGGAGCAUGGAUGUGAAUAUCCGUGGGGGAUGCCUGGUGGGAAUUACCAUACCGGAUUUCGAGACCUCAGAUGUUACUGGCUCCGCAGAUAUUCUCAUCGGCGAUGCAGCCUCCAGCAUUCUCGGCCGCACCAACGUCGCCGUCAAGAUCACAGUCGACGACGCCCGCUUCGUCAACCCGCCCGUACGGCCCCUCGUCUCGGAGCAGGCGUCCCUAGGCACGGUCGCGAACAGCCAGGGUCGGCCAGAGCUCACGGCGACCUUUGUCAAGCGCGAGUUCCUCAGCCCGACGGUGGCACGGGUCGCUUUCACGCUGAGCUCGGACAAGCCGUUGCCGACGUGGAAAUCGGGCCAGGCCAUCACGUUUGAUUUUAGACCGGAGCUGUCGAGGGGUUGGUCGCACAUGCGGGACGACGAUCCGCAGUCUCUCAACGACGACUUCAUCCGGUCCUUCACGGUGUCUAGCGUGGCGCCCCGCGACGUCGGCCCCGGGACCAAGAGCGUCGAGUUCGAAAUCACGGUGCGGAAGCACGGGCCAGCAACAGGCCUGCUCUGGCGAUGGAACCCGCGCGUUUCGCUCACGAUUCCGGUGAUUGGCUUUAGCGGCGAGGAAGGUUUCUUGAUGCCGACGGAGACGGCGGAGGAGGCGUCCGUCUUCGUGGCCGCCGGCGUGGGCAUCACUCCGCUGAUCGCGCAGGCGGAUGCGGUGCUCGCGUCCGGGAACAAGCUCAAGGUCCUUUGGAGCGCCAAGGCCGAGGACCUCCCGCUGGUGGAUCAUCUUGCGGGCGCGGCGGCCGAGCUCAAGACCAAGAUUGAGUCCAUGGGGGCCAAGGUUUGGCAGAGACGGAUUACGGAGGCGGAUGUACGAGCCGCGGAGGCAGAUGGGAAGAGGAAGUUUUACCUGUGCGCUGCGCCUGCCAUGACGAAGGUGCUGAUGAAAUGGUUAGAAGGGGAGGAUGUGAUCUACGAGAACUUUAACUACUAG